AUGUCGAGGCUGCUGAAAGGUGAACCGACGGGCGGUUGUAUCCAGCCAUCGGCUAUAACGAGCGUACACGUUUAUUUUGCAUUGGACCGAAGCACGCCUGCCCCCUUCACCUCUGUUCGUUUUGUUUUUCUUGGUUCGCCUACCGUUGUUUCGUCCUUGCUUAAGCGUGCAGCUUGCGAGGAAAUCGAAAUGGUCGAGCUGUGCGGAAGCGGACAACCGACUUCAGCGAUGGGAGUGAUGGGGGUCGGUUCGGUGGUGUCCGCGGCUACGUCGUCCUCGUCCUCGUCGACGACGACCACAGCUGCCUCGUCCUCGGCGUCCGGACGUGCCGGGGUCUUAGAAACGCAAGUUCGUGGUCAGUGGUAUCGCGUGUUCGUCUCGCUGGAGGACGAUUAUCUGAGCAUCUCGUUGGACGAGAGCUGCGAGACGGGCAACAAUACUCUGAACAACGGUAACAUAAACAACAACAACGUGGACAGCCUGAACGAUCCGGACGUGCCGGACUCGGUGGCCAAUCAGAAACGUAUCGUGCGCGUGGUGAAAAGCGACAACAACGGCCUCGGGAUCUCGAUCAAGGGUGGCAAAGAGAACAAAAUGCCGAUCUUGAUCUCGAAGAUCUUCAAGGGGAUGGCGGCGGAUGCCACGGAGCAGCUGUACGUGGGCGACGCUAUCCUGGCGGUAAACGGGGAGGAUCUACGCGAGGCGACCCACGACGAGGCGGUGAAGGCGCUGAAGAGGGCCGGCAAGGUCGUCGAGCUCGAAGUGAAGUAUCUGAGAGAGGUGACACCGUACUUCAGAAAGGCCUCGAUCAUCCAGGAAGUGGGCUGGGAGUUGCAGCGCGGGUUCCUGAGCGCGACGCCACCGCCCCCCAAGUCGCCACCGCGAGCGGAUACGCGUUAUCUGCCGUUGCAACUGUGCAGACUCACCAGGGCUCAUCCUUCCUCGGAUCCUGAGGGUCGAAUCCUGGAACUCCAUUCUCCGGACGGAGUGCACGAGUGUUGGUUGAGAGCUGCGGACAACACGGAGGCGAACGUGUGGUUCAACGCUCUGCACUCGGCGCUGGCAGCUCUCACUCUCAAGGCGCUGCGACUGGCCUCCGCGCUUCCGGAUCCGCCGCAGCUUCAGCACAUCGGCUGGCUCGCGAGGCGACACUGUCUCCAGAACGGACGUGCCAGCAGCGAGAGCAGCGAGGAUGGAGCAGGGAGCAGCGCCAGUACCUCGCGAGGAGCAGGCAGCGGAUUCGGCGCCGGAAGCGGAUGCACCGGGGGGUGGCGCAGCGUCUUCGGCGCAGUUUCCGGCCGCGAGCUGUGGUUCUACGAGUGCGCACCUUGGUCGCCGGAAGCGUGGGCCUCUCCCAGAAUCACUUGCUCGUUGAUUACGUCCAGGCUGGUGUCGACUCCGACGAGGAAGAACGAGGCAGGGAGCAGCAGUAGCGCACCGACGCAGCAUGGCGCGACGUUCGCGGUGCGAGUAGGCACGAUCGACGGCGUCGUGACGCAUCAUCUGCGCGUCGAGACGCGGAGGGACCUGGCUGCCUGGGCCAGAGCAAUCGUUCAAGGCUGUCACGCGGCUGCUCUCUCGUUACGCGAAUACACCGUUCGGUGCACGUGGCAAGGGAAGGCCUGUCAGCUGAUCAUCAACCACGAGGACGGUUUCGCGCUGUACGCAGCCGGGAGCAGGGGUGUCCCUGGCAACGGGGUGAGUCCGAGCUCACCCCCGACUCCGCUCUGGAGAAGAUCCUUCGACAAACUCAAGAUGUCCGCGGACGACGGCGCGCGUUUACUCUGGCUCGACUUUGGCGGCGACGAUGGCGAAAUUGAGCUGGACCUCGAGAGCUGUCCCAAACCGAUCGUGUUCGUCCUGCACAACUUUCUCUCUGCGAAGAUCCACCGGCUGGGCCUGAGCGCAUAGGGGUACGAGGGGGCCCCGACGGAGGCCCCCGACCUGCCACCGCACACCACCAGGUCCGUCACCAGCGUCUUCCUGCACUGAGCUGGUCGAAGCAGCCAGAGACGCAAGGAGGACGAGAAGAAGGGUGGCAGGCAGGACACGCGAACGAGGAAGACCACGCAUCUCUCGACGGACCAGAGGACACUCGCCAGCUUCCAACGUGCAAGCCCCGAUCGGGAGCUCGCGAUAUCCCCAUCCCGUGGCAACUCCGCGUUCUCUUGCCCAUUUCGCUCGCGAAAUGGCCGAUCAGAACGGCGUACGAGCGAGCCGCGCGAAAGACAGAAAGAAAGUAUACAAACCGGGUGACGAUCAAGGGACGAGAGGGUUGAUCGUCCACUCGAAGCCAUCCAACGCGCGAUUUUUCCCAGAAAUAACCCGCGCACACGCAACAAGUAGGCUAGAAAGGGGGGCGGAGGAAGGUCGCUGCUGGGAGUCGUAACUAAUCAACGCGCCUAAGUAACCGAUUAAAAACUAUCUACCUAAAGUAAAAAAGAAAAAAAAAAAUUACGAUACGCUAUGUAACGAGCGAGCGAGAGAGAGAGAGAGAAAGAGAGAGAGAUUGGGAGAGAGUGGGUGUAUUUAAGAGCAGGUGAAGACUCUCCGAUCGAACGCUCGAUUUCGGAGGGGAACUUAGCAGAAGCUAAUCAAUUACUGUCCAACCGCCACCCGUUCGCUCUGGCACGAGGAUCGACUGACCCUGCCACUUCGACCUCUCCCCUUGUUCGCCGCGAUGGCAACUUCCUUCCUCCUGGGUAUAAAUAAAGGCGAAAAGAAAAUGGAAGACGGAGGAAGGCACGAUGGAGAACCGACGACGGAGUAAAGUUGUAUCGCGGCGAAGAAGUUCCGUAACGUCCAAGGAAAACGACUUUAAAGAGUUCGUGGACGUUGAUCUCCGCUGGAGUACCGGCUGAUGGCGAAACUUUCGCGAGGCCAAGCGUUUCGUUUCCUUUCGUUCCGCCGAUAUUUACGUGGAUUCCGUUGCACCGCCACGCGCCAAGUUACUCGCCAUCGGUCGGUACCCUUAGAUUAGCCUAUUCUCGCACUAUCCGGGGGAGACACGUCUCGACGAUUCAACCGGAAUCUCCCUUCUAUCUCGGGAGAAGAAGAGACUCGGUAUUCGAAGUAGUCUAGAUGGACGAAUAUGGAAGGUGAAAGCGGAGGGGUGCCAGCGUGGUACGACAGGGUCUAGCGAGCAACGGGCGCGCGUUAAUAGUUGUUUUGUACGAUUCGUAUUCUUAACGCGAGUAAGUGUAAGAUGCCAAGAAACGUCGAUGUGUAUACUGGUUAGUCGCGGCCGCGAUACUCGCCUGUUCCUCGCGGGGAUGACUCGCGCGAGCGGUCCUCGCUUCCAAUUCUUCGCUUCCAGUUAUUUCCAUUCUCCUUUCGUAACCUUAACCAUUCGAGCUUCGUGCGUCCAAGUUCUCCGAUCCCGGGAACUCUCGAAUUGUAAAUAAGCGCCGUUGCAACUCAGCCACUCCCGAUGUCCCAGUUCCAUAUAUCGUUGCAGAAACACGCGGGCAAAGUGUCGGAGUACGUAGGCCAGGACGGGCAGAGGUGGACCGAGUUGCCAUCGAGCACGGAGUCAUAUCCCGCGGAGGAAUGCGCGAAUGGUCGCUUCGCGGCGGUAUUAUUCGCAUUACGAGUCUGCCGCGAGUUAUCGAUGCCGAGGAUGCGAGUAUUAUCCGUGUAAGAGUGGAGCAUUCCUUUUCAUCCGUUCUAGAGACCGACGAGAGAGCAGAGAUAAUCGGCUGAAUCGCGACGAUAUUAAAAGGGAUUAAAAACAUAUUCGUCGAAGGAGGCCGUGCGAUAAUAAGAAUUUCGACAUUAAGUAGAACAUAUCAACGAAGCCACGUACCAUUCAUUGUGUCCAUUUCGUCGUCCACAUACGUCGUUCCUUUCGCGGCGGCACGAGACGAGCGGCUUCCGCGCGUGUACACGGACUUCUCCGAUCGACGAGGACGCUCGAGGAAUCCGCGACACCGGCCACGCUAGUUAGAACUCGGUGUCGACGUUUCCACGACCUCGCGAAGGGUCGGAGAGGGUCGUUCAAAGCCAAAACUGUCGCGUGUCGGGGCCGGAUCUAACGUGGAUCGUUGGAUCCCUUUGCGCGCGAGCAAUGCAGAUGGAGAACGGCACGAAUCGCGGCUCGUCCUUGGCCUGAGCUGCUUAACGCGUUAAACGCGACGUGAAAUCGUCGAUCACGGGAAAUCGACUUAACAAAUACCCGCCACUCGUCAAAGUAAUUGGGCGCAGCCACCGUUUAACGCGUUAAAACGAUGGCAAAAAGCCUGGCAUCCGGCAGGCUGACCCGAAUGAGGCGCAUUAGCCGGCGAUUGCCCUACGAUCAAAAACAAUUCGACCCAGUUUUUACCGCAAUUCCGUAACCAUUACCCAAAUUGCCUGGAACGCAACGGAGAACUCAAUUUUCGCGGCACAGGCGUGCGUGAAUCGCCGCGGGUGAACAGAGGGCCGCCUGUGCGCGGGUUGCCGAAAAAUGGGACGAAGAGAUCGGUGGUCGGCCCUGUCGCGUGCAAACGAAAUUAUAAAUGAAGCGAAAUAACGAACGGAGCGCCGACUCGCCGCGUUUACCACUGCGAAAAUCGGUUCAAGCCUGUGAUCCCGGUGCCAGAAUUCGUCUGUCUGUCGUUUCGAAAUAACGAGAAACCGGGACGCCGGUUUUAACAGGUCGCCCUGCCCGGGCUGGGCAGGGAGGAAAUUAGCGAAAGUAGAAAAACCUGUAAAUGAGCGAACACGUCGAGCGAAUUAAUCGAACGAUUUCGUGGACAGAGAGAGAGAGAGAGAGAGAGAGAGAGAGCGAAAGAGAAUGCCGCGAAAGGAAGACGAGAGCGUGUUGCACGUACACACACGCGCGCGCGAGGGUAUAUACAGAGCUAUACAGAGAUAUACAGAGAGACACGUACACCCGCCUAGGGAACGAGGUAAACGUCAUUAAGCGCGAGGAUAAGUUCGGAACAUCGACGAGGAUUAAUUCGGUUUGAAAGGAUUUGCGCGUAAACUGUGUAUUUUUCUAAUGAUUUCCGAACGCGGCCAGUCACGGCUCGUUCAUCCCCGUUUCAUUUUCUCCCGUCAUUUCCUCGGUUCUCGCCCCUGGCACACCGAUGGGGGCGCACGGGACACACGGUCCUCCUGCGUUUUCAUUUCUCUCUAGGUUUAAGAGAACGUUAACGUGUAUAUCUAUGAGUUACCAAAUAAAUGA